CAGGGAUCGUACCGAGCGCAUUGAUUGCGAUUGCGCAACAAAUAUUGGACAGCGAAGCAAUGUCGAUACCAGUCACGCGGUGGGUGGACCCUCCGAUGCCGUCGGAGGCGAUUUACGCGUUCCUUGGCAUUGCGACGCUGCCGCGGCUGCUACCCGGCAACCCGCUGCGCCAUCUCCCGCGAGAGAUGGUGCUACGCGUGGCGCAGUUUGCGUACAGUCCCGCGUACCGCGCUAGCUGGUCGCACCCAUGGAUCGACACCGACGCCGACGGGCGAGAGGCGGUCGAGGUCGAUGUCAUGCCUUUACUCGACGCACCUUUUGGUCAAUAUUUAGGACUCACCGUUUCUCGCCCGAUUCGCCGGGGCGUGACCUAUGUCGAGGUGACAUUAAACUGCGCAUGGUACGGUACGGGCGUGCAGCUCGCGGGAUUAGGCCAAGAGUUUCGUCUUGCGCUCACUUGUGAUGACAGCACUAUCCCAGAAACCAAUACCGCUCAUUUGCUACCGUAUGAUGACAUGACUCAGCGUCUGGCAGUGAGAAAUUUCGACAACUGCUGGACCUGGAUAACCGAACCAGUUAUUUUCGGCCUGCUCAUUGAUAUGACUCGUGGGUGCUGCACGUUUUACCUUAACGGACGCGUCGGUCCCUGCGUGCGAUUUCCCUCUUCUGGCGCACAGCACUGGCGGCAACAUGGGGUCCAAAUUCAGGUCGACGAGUUUCCAGAGGAGACAUCACAGGGUCCGCCGCAAUGUCUCGUCUCCUGCGCGUCGCCCCGCCUGUCCCCGCCUACACCCUCAUCUGUCCCCAUGACACCCCAAGAACUCCGGGACAAGGGGGAUUUGUAUGUCGAAAUGUAAGAAGAUGAUGUGUCCGAG